AUUAAUGACCCAGCCCUAUAGGAACCGCGGUCUGUUGAUGAGACGGUCCUGAUUCAAUCACGCAGCCACGAUAUUCCCUGCGCACAGCACCACUACUCCCUCGGUGCUCCUCCGUUUCCACUUCAACGCCAAAUCAUCGCCUCUCUCUCUCUCUCUUCCACCAAUAACCCCUUCCCUCUUCUCUCUCUCUCUCUAAUUCGAAGCUGAAUCCGAAUUCAAACCGUGGUGGUGACGUGUUUUUCUCUGCCUCUGCUUCUAGUCGCGGCAAUGGGAUUAGGGUUACGGUUACGGUGAGUCUUCGCGAUUGUAGCGGUAACAGGUCGUGUCGCGGUUGAGAAGUUUUCGCUCAAUUGAUAGGUUAGGGUUUCGGUUAUCGUCAUGUCCGAUCCUUCGAGGGGUCGCGUUACCAUUACUCUAGGGCGUAGCGGUCAUGUUGUGAAGAGGGAUGCAUCUGCUGUAGAUGUUUCUUCUUUCUCUUCUAUUCAUUCAGCUGGCACUAAGCGGUCUGUAAGAGACAGAAUUGGAAGUAAUGCAGAUAGUUCUGGGUGGCAUGGAAAUGGACAUAGCGGCAAUAAACGACACCGAGGAGAUGUAAGCAUGCAAAAUGGACUGGAUGGCAAUGAUCUACGAUUGAAGCUCAUGCGAAAAAGUGCAUUGGGGCAGGCUGACAGCAAUGGCAGUAAGAGGCAUAUGGACCUCCGUGAAAAGCUGUCAAAGGCAAGUCACCCUCUGGCUAACACUUAUAAUUCGAAGCAGCAUGGGCCAGAUUCAAGGGAAACAAGUUUGAGGCAAAUUCCCUCAGCUAGAAGUUCUGAUAAAUUACUGCGUAUGGAAUCCAUGAGAAGCUCAUACUCUCCUUGGACAUUGGAUCAUAUUAGGAGAAGAUCACCAGAUGGGUUUCCAAGUACUUCCAGGGGGAUUUCCCCCCAAAGGGAUGUCCAAGACCUACAUAGAAGGCCUGUAAGCAGGACAUAUGAUGGUGUCAGAUCAGUUUCAUAUGUAGGUAGGGAUGUUCUUGAAACUUCGAGGCCUCCAAUAAGUACACCCCAAUCUUUCAUGUCACGCUCCACAAUGUCCACAUUGCCUCCAGUAACUGUCAAGCCUGUAGCAUCUCAUCCUGGUCAACUUCCUCCAUCGGGCAGUGUUGCUCAAAGGCCUUCAUAUGUGGGUGAUGAACAAGUACAAGUACAACAAUCUCACCAAACUGUGGAUGGCCUAUUACAUGCAUUGGGACUUCAAAAAUAUGCCAUUCUCUUUAAGGCUGAGGAAGUGGAUAUGACUGCAUUGAAGCAGAUGGGAGAAAAUGACCUCAAAGAGCUUGGGAUUCCUAUGGGUCCCAGGAAAAAAAUUCUUCUUGCUGUCUUGCCCCGUACUAAGCGUCAACAAUGAUCGAUUUCUAUCCUGCAUGAUGCUGAAACUGACAUUAUUGGAACACCAGUUUUUACAUUUUUUUUUUUUUAUAAUUUGGAUGAUGGUUAAGCACAUAUCUGAGAAUUUUUACGAAUAUCACACCCAUUGUCCCUUAUAGGGUUCGAGUAUCCUUUUUUGAAAAACAAGUUCGGGUUAACAUUCUCGUCUAUUGGAGAUAUUGAUCUGUUAUAUAUGGUGUCCAUACUUUCUCUUAUUUUUUAUCAUUGAAAGAAAUAGGAAAUUGAAUCAGAUUAUGUUCAA